AUGGGAUUUGUGCUUAGCGGGUUUCUUCAUUGGAUUGAUUGGUCAAGGGUUUUGAUAUUUGCCUUUGAUCUUGAAAGUGAGGAUUUUCAAGGAGAUGAUGUUCACCCGUUCUGUGAUCACUUCUGUGGUGGAAGGGCAAAGUUCCCCACUACCUUGCGAACCAUUGACUGGUCAGCAAGUCAGCUUUCUUUGGUGUAUGAGCGUGCCACUACUAGCAAUGAAGAUUCUAGCAGACUUAUUCUAGAAUAG